GAAAAAGAAAAAAAAUCCAAAGAAAGUCGACGGUGAACCCUUCCCCUCUUGGCCGCCUUCUCCCCGAGAUGCACCCGCCAUUGACGCUCUGUUGAUCUCUCUUGAUUCCCUUCUCUUCUAUAUUGAAACACUUCUGUUCGAUUUUACGAAAUCGUGCUUCGAAAAUCAGAAGCAUUUGCUUCCUUUGCAGUUCCAAAUCGAAAUAUCCCUCUUCUGAUUCCAUGGCGGUUUGGCGUAUAAUCACUCGGUCGUACCUCAAGUACGCGUCAACACGACUAACCAGGAACUACAGUCAAGUCUGUCUUGCUACCUCUCUCACUCAUGUCGUGAAGCAGACAAAGUUGUCUUCUUUCGACAUCCCACAUUCAGACAUCUCUAGAAAGCCUUCUAAACUCUUCGAUAAUGUCAGGUUGUUUGCCACGUCAGCUCAGAUAAGGAAGAAGGAGGAGGAAGUUGAAUCUGAUGGUCCACGUCUCAAUGACAAGAUUACUGCCGAGACUGUUAGAUUGGUUUCAGAGGAAGGACACUGCAUUGUAUCAUUGAAGGAAGCUCGCAGACGGGCUAAGGAGCUCAAGCAUGACUUAAUUGAGGUCCAGAGAGAUGCUAACCCACCAGUGUGUAAAAUUGCAGACUACGCCCAUGAGAAGUACAAAAAGGCUCAAGUAGGAAAGGAGCGUGCUAAGGCCAAGAGGGCUGAAGUAACCAUUCGACCUGAGGUCAAGGAAAUUCGAUUUACUCCAAAGAUUGAUGCAAAGGACUUACAGUUCAAAGCAAAGCAAGCAUUGAAACUGAUGGAAAGCGGAUAUCGUGUGAAGUGCCAUGCAGUUCCUGACAAGGACAAGAAGAAGGAGCUUGAACCAGAGAAGCUGCUUGAGUUACUAUCUCGCUUCACUUGUUAUAUCAAAGACGCGCUUGUGGAGUUCGGGCCAGAGGCGGAUAAAUGUAACGCCGUUGUGGUAGUUAGACACGCCAAGUUUGGACCGCCCAAGAAAGGAAAGGCGAUAAAACUCAAGGAAAUGAACAUAAAAACUGCAGCAAAAAUAAAAGACGAUUCACCAAAGCUUGACAGCUCAGAAGCUGAUGAUGAUCAGGGAGUAGUUAUAGAGGAGACACCCGAACCAGUUAAAAUACAGAACAGGUAUGCAAAAAGUGAACCGAGCAAUGACUUCUCAGGAGGUAGAGAUGCAAAACGGGUUGAACCUCAGGCUCCAGAACGUCCUCGGUUCCAAAACCAAGCUCCAAACCAACAACCCAGUGGGCGGUUUGAUCCUCAGUCUCCAAAGCAGCCUCCAGGUCCAUCACGGCCUCGGUUCCCAAACCAACAACCUUCUGGGAGGUUUGAUCCUCAGUCUCCAAGCCAGCCUCCAAGUCCACCACGGCCUCGGUUCCCAGACCGAGGUCCAAAUCAGCAAUCCUCUGGGCCGUCUCCAGACAGCGACCUUGACCGGCAAGGUCCUCCACCUCGAUUCCAAAACCAGUAUCCAAAUCAACAAGCUACUGGUCGGUUUGGAGUCCAGCCACCAAAGCCGCCGCCCCGAUCUCCACCACCACCACGUCCACCAACCCGGUUGCCAAAUGAAACAUCGAACCAACAACCUACAGGCCCUGGAAGAGCUACUGGUGAGGCUCCAAGUUAUGGGAUCUUCAGCACCCCAAAUACGAAGUAGGACCAGCCUAUUUAAAACCCGUAGGAUUUGAGUCUUUGUGAUGCUUUUCUCGGGACUCAUUAUUUUAUGUAUAACUAAUAGUCCAAUAAUGCCUGCAUACACUUGUAACUCUCAUUCAAUUGUUUUUGGUC